AUGUCCGCAGCAAAGUACGCACCACUACCUAACCCUCGUGCUGAGCUAGAUGCGGAGCGCGAGAUGGAGGACGCCUUUAGUUCUGAGGAUGAGGACGAGCAUGCGACUUCCCACGGCGAGCUUACGCCCCUGACGAUUGGACAACAAGACGCGAGCACGAACCCUGGCCAUGUUUUCACAACGAUACGAGGCAAUGGUAUAUACGACUUCGAGCGAGACUACGACUGUCCGCCGCCCGGCUCGCCACCCGGCCCCUCCUCCACAGCACUCCCCAAUUCUUUUGGCAACUCGAACGGUCACAUCCCCACGUCUCCCAUCGCAUCUGCGUUCCCUCGUCCAUCCUUCUUUCGCAGGACAUUUGGUUCUUUGCUGCCAUCAUACUAUCAGCGCGUGCCUGUGAAUGAGGUACGGUCACGUCUCAGGGGAGGCGGCAGUGAGAAUGAUGGCGUGUUCGCAAACGUGGCGGCCAAGCCGGGAUCAGGACGGACGGUCUCUGUGCGCGCGGCAAAUGGGGACAUCUACAUGGUUCCCGAGGAGGCUCAAAGUGAAGCGCCACCGUCAUAUGCAUCUGCCCAGGCAGAUUCGGCGCCCCCUUACUGGGAGACAACCGUCCACGUACCUUCAAUGAACGAUCUCAGCGGCGAUAUGAUUAUCGACGACCUCCCCACGGGGCCCUUCCUCACCUUCAUCCUGACCACCCUCAUAUCUUGGUUCUUCCAGCUCCCGGGAUUCCUCCUCACGUAUCUUCUCCACCGCACGCACGCGGCGCGUUUCGGCUCGCUCGCGGGCCUCGCACUCACCUUCAUCCAGUUUGGCUUCGGGACUUCCAUGACAGGAGUAGAUCUGCCUGGAUGGGGAGAUGGCGCAGGAGUACCCACCACGGGCGAAGACGACACUCCUACUCAGACAGUCACGAUGGACAUGCCACAUCCGACCGAUGUGCCAAUGCCGACAGGCGACUCGACAGCCAUGUACCCUGAUAUGUCGUCCCAGUCGUACGUGGGACGCGAGUGGAUCACGUUCAUCCUCAUGACAAUGGGCUGGUUCCUUCUUCUCACUUCGCUCAUCGGCUUCUUCCGCGUCAAGCGGUUUGAGAUCUCUGUGCGCAUGGCCGCAGUGCGCGCGCAGGGCCCGCCUCCGACGGCGGAGGACGUGCAGCGCGAGAUGGCGAUACGGCGGAACCUCGAAGACGCGUUUGGCCUUGGGGUCGAGAUCGAUGAUGGGACUCCUGGCGUGCCUCCACCACGAGGAGGAAGAGUUCAGUUGAGUACUGCCGAGGUGGACAUGGAGCACGCGAGGCGGAUAAUACAGGAAGCGAGGUUGGAACACGAUCUGCGGGCGGCGGGGUUGCUCUAG